GCGGUUUGAACGGAAGGCGAGGUUCGGGACCGUUAGCGAUGGUUCGGCGCGCACCGCCGCGGAAGAGCUUGCAGUCGGUGUUGAAGAAAUACAAACCGCAGCUGCGGCUCAGCAAGGACAUUUACAUCAUGGUGCAUUUAAACUGUCUCUUGUUCCUUCAUCGUUUGGCAUUGGAGGCUCGGACUAAAGCUGUUGAAUCAAAAAGUUCUACCAUUCAACCAAAGCAUGUCAAGGAAGUGGCAAAGGUUGUUCUGAAGAAGAGUAGAGGCUGAAGAAAAGCAAUGAAUAUAUUAUCAACUUUACUAAAUCAUUGUCAAUUGAAGUAUUGAAUUUAUGAAAUCGAGGAAAGGAAAAUCAAUUUUUUGACAAUAUUUCUUUGUAAUUGAAAUAAGUAUUUUUGUCGUAUUCUUUAACUUUCAAAAAAAGUGAUUUAAUUAAAUAGGUUGCUUUUAAAAGUAUUCAUUGAUAAGAAUAAAUUACUUCAAUUUUAUGUUCUUUUGGAUUCUGGGGGCAAACAAAUAAUUCCAGUUUCAGCCAAAGAAGUUUCUUGACUGAUUUUGUUGGAUCCAUAUUGGUUCCUACAUACUAUGCUGUGAAAUCAAUCACUGAUCAAAAGAUCCAAUUUUUAACUUGACUGAUUAAAAUUUGUGUGUACAAAGCACAAUUUAUUGUAAUUUUAAAAA